AUGCGUCUACCGUUGCUCGCAUUCGUCAUUUCUGCCCUUCGCAUCACCGCGGCACCGGUCUCCCCUCACACCCCAACCCAUUCUAGCAGCACCUCCGCUGCAGAUUCUAGCACUCCUACUGGAUUCCCUUCAGCUAUUCCUUCUGGAUUUCCUUCGGCGCUUUCGUCUGGAUUCCCUGGAUUUCCUGGGAUCCCCACAGCUCUUCCUUCUGAAUUCCCUGGAAUUCUUCCGUCCACUCCGCCCUUCGAGCCCUUUGCUAACCCCUCUUCGGCGGACAAUGGCAACAGUCCUUUCGUCUCCGGUAAGGUUCUUGCGGGAGGGCAGAUAGGCGGGAGGCUGAUCGGUGAUGUUGGUGGAGAUAUGUCGCGCAGAGAUGUCGUGUUGGACAUGUUGGGGUAUCAGCAGAACCGUGUCAGGGAUCGUUGUAGGCAGCAAUCACAAAGCCGCCGGAGGGGGAUAGACAAACCGUAUCGGGAUGGAAUCUCUACUGAGUGGUCGCUUAGUGCAGUCUUCCACUUUCGUGGCCCUCCAUAG